GUCAAUCCGAGCCGCCAACCUAUCGUCUCUGUCUCUGUCUCUCUUCCUCUUCCUCUUUCCGUGGAUCGACGUCUCUCUUCUUCCACCUGCGUGCUGUUGUCGAUUUUCUUGCUCUCACGAGCGUCCUGUCUUUUUUGCAUCUUGCGAGUGCGGCGGCUUCAUUCGUUCAGCUCGCCGUUCCGCUUCCAUUCUUUUGAACACCUUGCGCUGUGUUUAUGUGCUUUGUUUUGAAGCGUUGAUUUGCUGCAGACCAAACAAACUUCCACCGCCGCAACAGCCAUCACUCCACCUUUAUGAGCAUACAGAACCCAUAAUCAACUUCACAGCCCUACAUCAUGGCUACCAGCACAAACAACCUCUACCAAAGGGCCGAGCAAGCCGGACUCACCCCAACAAUGGUCAAUCUCCUCGUCGCCCUCAUGGUCCUCCUCAUCGUCAGCGCCCUUCUGACCGGCAUCCUGGUGAUCUUGCGCCAACGGCGCAGAAGCCGGUCCAGAUUCAUCGAAAUCCCCUCGCACAAACCCAUGCGAAUGUCCACAGCCUCCACCCACUCCUUCCACCGCCGCACCAACGCCACCCUCUCCACCUCCAUCCACGUCUUCCGCGAGAAGCAAUUCUUCUUCGAAGAGCCCGCCGAUCGUCCCACAAGCCCCAGCGCCCUGCCCGAGAUCCGCAUCACCUUUCCCGAAGAAGUCGACGACGCUGGCAAGACACAGUCGGGUCGUGUGGUUGUCGUGCACGUCGGGGAUAGCACCAGUCUUGGCUUCGAGCCUGCGGCGGAACAACUGCCGGCCUACCAAUUAAUAGACUUGGAAAAGGUCGGUGGUUUGCAGGAGCGGGAAGCUCGUCCGCCGCUCGGCUGGAGCUGAACGGCGAGAUGCAAUGGGGAAUCGGGAUGGCGGGCUCAUGACGGUCACGGCAACGAUCCGAUGUGUAAUUCAAUCUGGGGACUCGGGUGGGGAUAUGAUGGGCCAACGGCUGAGAGGGAGAGGCUUGCUAUUCGAGGCGCUGGUCAUGGGUAUGGGAGGAAUCUAACUGAAUAAAUGUAGUGUGUAAAUGGCUGGUCAGCCGGUGGGCUUUUGCGGAAGUCUGCGUAGACAAAUAGAGACAGCUUUGAGAAAUCGAAUCCAUGUCAUUAUGCUA